AUGGCCGUGAACAGGAUUGGACUGCAGCUGCAGCUGCUGGUCUGCUCUGUGGCGACCCUUUCACCCUAUAAUUUGGACAACAUCCUUCCACUGCCUAAAGUUGUGGACCCUCUGUUCGUGAGGAGGUUCGACCCAUGCUGUUUACUGGCCCCGCCUCCCCCUCCACUGUUCCCGCCCCCUCCUCAUUCGUGGAGACGGACAGGUCGGGUAAGUAUGCUGUGGCAAGGGGAGGAGGAGGAAGAACAGAACACUCCCCAGUGUGUAGAAGGCCCCCCAGGGCCACCAGGGCCUACAGGCCCGCAGGGUCACAUGGGCAUUCCAGGAGUCAGAGGACCAAAGGGAGAUAAGGGUGAGAUAGGGCGACCAGGGCCAAAGGGGCGAACUGGAAGACCUGGUUUGCCGGGGAGACCAGGGGAAGCGGGUUUGCCUGGCCCACAGGGGCCCAAAGGAGAGAAGGGAGACCCAGGGCUGAUGGGAAUGCCAGGAAUGAGAGGAUCUCCUGGGCCAAAGGGUUUACCAGGAUACAAAGGAGAGAAGGGGUCACAAGGUGAGCAUGGAAUCCCAGGCCCAAAGGGGGAUAAGGGAGCCAAUGGGAGUCCUGGAAUGCUGGGUCAGAAGGGUGAGAUGGGACACAGUGGAGACCCUGGUGAACCAGGGAAACGGGGCCCCACAGGGCGCCCAGGCAAACGAGGUAAACAGGGGCCCAAGGGAGAUAUGGGAGAUCCAGGUCCUGUUGGACCUCCUGGCCCACCAGGACCCACUGGCCAUCCAGGACCUCCUGGAGUACCUGCCUCAGGGCUGUAUCUGGUUGGGGAGAAAGGAGAGAAGGGGGUGGCAGGUCCUCCUGGACACUGUGACUGUAGCUCACUGUCAAGUCCCCGCAGUGCUUCAUACCGACACCACAGUAAAUACCCCAAGGUUCCAGCAAUAUUUGUUGUGAGCAGUGAGGAGGAGCUCGGUAGGCUGCACACAGACAAUGCUCUCGCUUUCCGGAAGGAUCAGAAAACGCUUUACUUUAAAGAUAGUGAUGGAUGGCAGCCUAUUCAGUUCAGUCCAUUCCAAGCGACGGAGAGGGCUGGCGAUGGGGGCGGAGUCUGUGGGGAUGGGGCGGUGCAACCUCUGAAUGGAGAGGAGUGUGAUGACGGAAACCGGAUGGUUACAGACGACUGUAUCAGCUGCAGGAAGGCGUACUGUGGGGAUGGAUAUCGACGUGAAGGUGUAGAAGAAUGUGAUGGGAAGGACUUUGGUUAUCAGACCUGCAAAUCAUACCUGCCUGGGUCUUUUGGACAUCUAAAGUGCACUGACUCCUGUCACAUCGACUCUACUGGGUGCAAGUUCUUCACCUGA